UUCUCUUUGUUGGAUGAUUAGGCUUUCUGGCGGUAGUUUCUUUCUCGUUGAAGAAGAGCAGCAGAUUCUCGCAGGGAGACGGUAAUGGCGCCCAAAACCCCUAGAGUUACCAGAAACCCGGAUCUAAUCCGAGGCGUCGGUAAGUACUCGAGGUCUAAGAUGUAUCACAAGCGAGGUCUUUGGGCCAUCAAGGCCAAAAACGGCGGAGUGUUCCCUCGUCAUGAUGCCCAGCCAAAAGCUGAUGCCGCAGUCGAGAAGCCGCCGAAGUUUUAUCCUGCCGAUGAUGUGAAGAAGCCCCUUGUUAACAAGCGCAAGGCCAGACUCACGAAGCUAAGAGCCAGCAUUACUCCCGGUACCGUGUUGAUUAUCCUUGCUGGGAGAUUCAAGGGGAAGAGAGUUGUGUUUUUGAAACAGCUUCCAUCUGGGUUGCUUCUGGUCACUGGGCCUUUCAAGAUUAAUGGUGUUCCUCUAAGACGGGUGAACCAAUCAUACGUCAUUGCAACCUCCACCAAAGUAGAAAUCUCUGGAGUUAACACCGAGAAGUUCGACGACAAGUAUUUCUCCAAGGAAGUUCAGAAGAAGAAGAAGAAGAGUGAAGGCGAGUUCUUCGAGGCGGAGAAAGAGGAGAAAAGUGCCCUCCCAGCUGACAAGAAGGAUGACCAGAAAGCUGUGGAUACACCAUUGAUAAAGUCGAUCGAGGGUGUUCCGGAGUUGAAGGCGUACUUGGCAGCAAGAUUUUCUCUCAAGUCUGGAAUGAAACCUCAUGAGCUUGCCUUUUAGAUAAGGGAUUUGUUUGUUUUUUGUUCAUCUGAACUUGUUCACGACUUGUUACAAUAGUUGCCUGUCCCAAUUUUUUAUUCGAAAUGGAGAUUCCAUGGUUCACAAUU